AUGGACCUGAUAAAAGUUGUUGGGCUUUUGAAGACUGUUGUUGGGUUCUCUCAAUGCUACAAAGGUUUAGUCAAGGAAUUUAUUGUUAAUAUUCCUGAGGAUAUUUCUUAUAAGAACAGCAAGGAGUUCUACAAGGUGUACGUGAGGGGUAAGUGUAUAACAUUCUCUCCAACUGUUAUUAAUAAUUUUCUAGGCAGAAAAAAUGAGGGUGUAGGAGAAUUAGAGGUUACAGACAAUCAGGUAUGUAGAGAGAUUACAGCUAAGCAGGUGAAAGUUUGGCCUUUCAAAAAGCAUCUUCCUGCUGAGAAGUUGACUAUCAAGUAUGCUAUCCUACAUAAAAUAGGAGCUGCUAACUGGGUCCCUACCAACCAUAUCUCCACCAUUGUUAAUACUCUUGGGAGGUUUAUUUUUGCUAUUGGGACAAAAGUGAAAUUUGACUAUGGUAGAUUUAUGUUUGAUCAAAUCAUCAAGCAUGCAACUACUAAUGCAGUUAAGCUACCAAUUGCUUUUCCCUCUAUGAUAUGUGGAAUUAUCUUGAACCAACAUCCUGGUAUUCUAUGCUCAAAUGAUUUACCUAGUAGGAGAAAACCAACUUUGUCUGUGCACUACAAACUCUUUGAAGGCAGUCAUGUCGAGGAUUUUGUCAUGACAUCUGUCAUGAAGAGACCUGCCUCAAAAGUUGGAGCAAUUGCUGAGCUUAAGGAGACAUGCAAAGAGCUAGGUGAAGGGAUUAGGGUAGCCACAGCUAGAAAACAAUCUUUGGAAGCCUUGAUUGAAAGCUUGGAGCAGGCUGAGGGUGAAAAUGUUGAACAUGCUAAUGUCAGCCAUGAAGAAGAAGUUGAAGCCCACACUUCUAAUGAGAGGUCUACUGACAAUGAUGAUGCGAGUGGCAAUUCUGAUUCUAGUGCUGCUGAAGAAGCUGCAAACUCAAGCUCUACUGAGUAG